GUAUAGUGACAUCAUCACAUUCUAGAAGGUACAGACCAGGCACAAGUGGUAGUAAGAUCUUCACACCACAGUGAUGUAGGCGAUAGCAUUUCAUUCAAAACACUUCUAACCAAAUCAAAUCAUGGAUGAUUCAGCCAUACUUAAAAAAAAGGGAUACACAAUGGGAGUACAUUUAGGUGAAGGAACAUAUGCAAAAGUGAAGUCUGCGUACUCAGACCACCUACGAUGCAAUGUUGCUGUGAAGAUAAUCAAUCGGAAAAAUGCUCCACAUGAUUUUUUAGAGAAGUUCCUUCCUCGUGAACUUGCGAUCCUGCCAGUGAUGAACCAUCAUUCAGUUGUUAAGACAUUUGAGAUCUUUGAGACUACAGCAGAGAAAGUGUACAUUGUAAUGGAGCUGGGUGUCCAAGGGGAUUUGUUAAACUUCAUCAGGAGCAGAGGAGCAAUGCCAGAAGUAGUGGCACGCAAAUUGUUUCGUCAACUCUGCUUAGCUGUAAAAUACUGCCACGACCAAGAUAUUGUCCACAGAGAUAUCAAGUGUGAGAACAUUCUCCUAGACAAAGAUUUCAACAUUAAGCUGUCAGACUUUGGCUUUGGGAGAAGAUUAUGCUAUGAUGGGGCUGGCAACACAGUUCUCAGUAAAACAUUUUGUGGCUCAGCAGCUUAUGCAGCUCCGGAGAUCUUGCAGGGAAUACCUUAUCAUCCCAAGUUCUUUGAUAUCUGGAGUAUGGGAAUAAUACUUUAUAUAAUGGUUUCUGGGGCAAUGCCUUAUGAUGAUUCCAACAUCAAGAAAAUGCUACGCACACAGAAGGCGCACCGGAUUGAUUUCCCAUAUUCCAAACAUAUUUCAAGUGACUGCAAGGACUUAAUUUACCGUAUGCUGCAGCCAGAUGUUACUCGCCGUCUUACAAUCUGUGAGAUUCUGAACCAUAGCUGGCUUCAACUUGCCUCAAAACCCCAAAUAAAAGACAAUGUCAAAACGCAGAAGGAAGGCGUGAGCUCUGCAGUCCCGGUUUCUGUUGUACAGAAGGAAGCAGCAAAAGUAGAUAAUGCUACCUCUAACGCAGAAAAGCAACCUGCCACUGGAGCAACAAACCUCCAAGGAAAAGCCCUGCAGCAAGAACAAGCCAGCACCAAUAUAAGCAACGCAAUUACACCAAGUAAUGCAGAAGCAACAGGCGGCAGUCAGACCCCACCAGCGUAAUUUACUAAAAACCAUGUAAUGUAAGAUUCGGUAAAGGCAAGCAAAACAUUA